AUGUCAGGAAAUGUAAGAAAAAGUAUUUAUUCGUCCUUUCUUCGCACUGUUCCUCCGUGGACCGAAGAGGCGGAUGUCUGGCUGGAUCUGCUGCUUUAUUUUGACUUUCGCCAAGUGGUGUUGGUGUUUCCUGACGAGCAAAACUCGCUGUUGUGCAUCGGCAGGUUCCUGGAGCAGGCGGCGAUCAGCGGAAUACAGGUGCAGAAAUAUGUCAAAUACGAAGAAAACUUGCAAUCAGCCACCUCGGUCGUGAAAGAGAUUGAGACAUCGAACUGCAACAUUAUCAUAAUGCUCGCGAGUUUCUACAUCAACACCAAGUUGUAUGACGAAGAGAGUGGAACGAUGCUGGCGUUCGACAGUGCUGGCAAUAAGAUCCGCUCGACGUAUCACAUCGUCAACACGAAAGCCGUGGCGUACGUAGAGGGUGCAGGAAGUGACGUUGUAUUGCAGGUCUCGACCACCGACGUCGGCCGAUUCUAUUACUCUGUGACCAGUGACACCAUGAAGAUCGAAAUCACUAAGGAUAUUAUAUGGUUCGAAGGUAGUACCACCAGACCGACCGCGUUCACUCUCAGCAGUCACCUGAAG